UAUCAUUCAGUCUCAGUAGUCAUACCAUUUCCAAUUCAACCCCACAUGUGCAAGGUGCACAUGUACUUAACGAUACAAUAUCUUAUAUCUAAUCUAUUACCGAAGAGUAAUCCAGGAGAUCAUUAAACUAGAAAAGAUGGAUGAUAUAGACUCCAUGUUCACUGACCUGCUGGGAGAGAUGGACCUCCUAACACAGGAGUGGAGGUUUUCUCCUUCAGGAAACCUACUGGAGAAAUGCUAAAAGAGCACAUUUCUGGAGAGACCUGAAAAUAGCUGUGCAGCGACUCCAACCUGACAGAGUUUGAGAGGAUCUGCAAAGAAUGGGAGAAACUGCCCAAAUACAGAGUCUUGGGUAUGAAAUGGAGCCCUCAGAAAUGUCAUCCAGCUCACAGAGAGAAAACAACUUCUCUAUUGGGUUCACAGAUUUGAACGCGGAUGAACGCCUUCGUUCUGUACAUUACCUUGGAAAAAGGAACUACACAAAGGGACUCAGCUCCGCCUCAUCAUGCUUCGUCGUCCAUUAUUUCCAAGAAUCUCUAAAUGCGCUAGAGGAUCAUGACCUGGACGCUCUGAUGGCUGAUCUGGGGUCAGAUUUGUCAGAGACAGAGGAGAAACUGAACGCAACCAAGACGGGACAUGUCCACACACAGCAGCACAAGUCUGGCUAUUCCACCCAACAACAAAAUGUCCGAGCACCUAUCUCCUUGUCCCAAAUGUCAUCGCUGGCGUCCUCCUCAUCCUCUCUACCUCCUGAACCCCUCAAACCACUUCCACCGGGAGAGGCCGAAGCACAAGUCAAAACUGACAAAAUCAAGCUGGCUCUGGAGAAGCUAAAAGAAGCCAAAGUUAAGAAGUUGGUAGUGAAGGUGAUGAUGAGUGAUGGCAGCUCCAAGACACUGAUGGUGGACGAGAGACAGACGGUCAGGGAUGUGCUGGAUAAUCUGUUUGAGAAGACCCACUGUGACUUCAGCAUGGACUGGAGCCUGUGUGAGACCAACCCCGAGCUGCAGACGGAAAGGGGGUUUGAAGACCAUGAAUAUCUAGUGGAGCCUCUUUCUGCAUGGACACGAGACAGUAAAAACCAAAUCAUUUUCCUUCUGAGACCCAACAAAUAUCUCUUCUUCAAGGACCCCCAGAUAUUCUACCUAUGGAAGAAAGACCAAAAAUGUAUUAAUGAGAUAAAAGAAAGGCAUAAGGAACUUCUGCUAAAGGAAAACUUUGAUGGGCCUUCUCUCAUCGUCCCAGACCUGGAGGGGCUGCUGUAUCUGAGAGAGGACGGGAAGAAAUCGUGGAAACCUCGCUACUUCCUGCUCAGGGCAUCUGGGAUAUAUUAUGUGCCUAAAGGAAAGACAAAGACAUCCAGAGACCUGGCGUGCUUCAUUCAGCUUGACAAAGUCAAUAUCUACACCACCACUGAUUACAAACAGAAAUACAAAGCACCAUCUGAUUUCUGCUUCAUCCUCAAGCAUCCUCAGAUCCAGAAGGAGUCCCAAUACAUCAGAUUCCUGUGUUGUGAUGAUGAGCACACUCUCUCCCUCUGGGUCAACUCCAUCAGAGUAGCCAAGUAUGGGGCCACCCUGUACAAGAACUACCAGAUGGCAGUGAGGAGAGCAUCAACCAUCAGCUCCACUCUGCACCUGACUAGUCUGCCUGCCCCCAGCCCUUCCACACCUACUGUGCACAGAGCAAAUGGACACACCCCUCAGGAGGACCUCCCUGAACCUCCCCCAGACUUUAUUCCCCCACCCCCUCCUGGUUGGGGCUCUGGGGUCUAGGGAAGGAGCUCCACCCCCUCAAUGCACAACCAUGACUACCAUAGGACAUUCUCAACCUACCUAAAGACAGGCAGAUGGACAAUAAUAUUUUAGAUUUAGAUUUAGAUCAGAUUUAGGUCAGAACUGAGACUACUAGACUAUUUAGGAACACUCAACACCUCUUAGAAAGCCAUUCUGGUGUAUCUUUAGCAUUAGAAUUUGUGCAAUUGUUCCGCAAAAAUAUAUAACUAUCGCAGGGUUAGCUAUUCAGAAGACUAUGGUGGGUUUUCCUCUAACUUUUUACCUGUCCUUUGCUCUUUUUAUAUUUAUUUUGAUCCUAACAAACUCCCCAGCCCCUUCCAGCAACAAGCAUACCCAUAACAUGAUUCUGCCACCACAAUACUAAUCUUAUUCAAAAUGAUUCACAUCUGUAAUGGCUGCCAACAGUGCUUCCAUAAAUCAAAUCAAACUUUA